UGAAUCAAUGUGUCGAAAACGUCAAAGCAAUGAGCGGAUGUGGUGCUCGGAAAUAAAAGCCUCAUUUAGAGGACGUGGUGAAACCAAACUCAAUUUGCCACCUCAGGUGUUUAGCUGAGAUGUCACUGCUUCAUAAAAGGGUAGAAAGUCAUCAUGCGUUUCUAAGACAUUUACCUCUGUCGCUCACUUGUGGUCACAGCUGUGAUGUUAUGCAGUGUGGAUUUCCGCUGUGAGGCAGGACUUUUACUUUGCUGCGUGAGGUCCUGACGCUGGGGGGAUGUGCUUCUAUCUGUGCGCUCUGGAGCUGCGCUGACGCUGCUGCAUGUAAAAUUAGCUGGCUGCAGCCUUUCAGGGACACCUCUUGCGGACCGCCGGAGCCCACAGUGCAAUAAAUAUGGCAGCAGAGCUAUCCACUUCCAUAAACAUCAAGGAGCCCCGGUGGGACCAGAGCACAUUUGUAGGCCGGGCCAAACAUUUCUUCACAGUCACAGACCCCAGGAACAUUCUCCUCACCAACGAACAACUAGCACACGCACACAAAGUCAUCACUGACUACAGGAAAGGUAUAGUCUCUCCAGGACUGACAGAAGAUGAACUGUGGAGAGCCAAAUAUGUUUUUGACUCUGCUUUCCAUCCCGAUACUGGGGAGAAGAUGAUACUGAUUGGCCGCAUGUCAGCGCAGGUUCCGAUGAACAUGACGAUCACAGGAUGCAUGAUGACAUUUUACAAGACAACUCCAGCCGUGUUGUUCUGGCAGUGGAUCAAUCAGUCUUUCAACGCAAUAGUAAACUACACCAACCGGAGCGGCGAUGCUCCAAUCACGGUCAAUCAGCUUGGCACAGCUUAUGUGUCUGCCACCACAGGGGCAGUUGCCACCGCUCUAGGACUAAAUGCACUAACAAAGCACGUCUCACCCCUGAUUGGACGGUUUGUUCCAUUUGCUGCUGUCGCUGCUGCUAACUGUAUCAACAUCCCACUGAUGAGACAAAGAGAACUCCAACAUGGCAUUCCCAUAACAGAUGAGAAUGACAACAGGUUAGGAGAGUCAACAAAAGCUGCUCAGCAGGCUAUCACUCAGGUUGUGGUCUCCAGAAUCCUCAUGGCCUCUCCAGGAAUGGCUAUCCCCCCGUUUUUGAUGAACCAUUUGGAGAAGAAGGCCUUUCUGAGGAAGUUCCCAUGGAUGAGUGCACCUAUUCAAGUCAGCCUGGUGGGAUUCUGUCUGGUGUUUGCCACUCCACUGUGCUGCGCAUUGUUCCCUCAGAAGAGCUCCAUGUCAGUCAGCCGCCUGGAGCCGGAGCUGCAGGAGAAAAUCCGGGCCAGCCAUCCAGGAGUGGAGAGGGUCUAUUUUAACAAAGGGCUAUGAGUGUGCGGCCCCCUUCACCCAAACACUGCCAUAACACAGCUGCAGGCUCAGUCCUCGCCUCUCUGCCAGCCCUCUUCAUUCAGCGUGCCAAAGUUAAGUUUGUGUCUCCUCAUCUCCACCAUUCAGAUGGAUAUCUGAGGACUCCCUCUCUCAGUCAGUCUCUUCGUAACGAGAUGUUUGCUUUUGUCGAUGUGAUUGUUGAUUUUAAUGUAACUGCUAGAGAAGAAGUUCUCUGACUGGGCCCGAUGAAAAGUCUGACGUCAUCAUGACAGAUACUGUACAGAGGCCAGUGUAAGGUUGUUUUAGGUGGACAUUUUUUUCCUGUGCAGUAUUUUUUGUCUUUUCUUAAGUUGAUGACUUUGUCGAUCGUACGUCGCCGCCAAAACCAUUUUCACACUCUCCUACCUGAGGUUGGCAGUCAUCUUAUUUCCUACCUGCAUUACAAUUGAUUAUAAUCAGAUUUUAACAUUGAUUAUACAGAGACCUCUGCAGUUUGUGCAUUUGCCAAAUCUGUACUCACAGUUUUUUAGACCUCAUUAAUAAUUACAACCUCUCACUCUUGACAGCGUUAUUUCAAAGAAUGGCAUUGACUUUAGCUCACUGUAAUUCAGUUCAUUUUGCCAAAUGAGUCACACUCAGCGAGCCGUGAGGCCUCUGACAUCUAAUCAUGAAUCUGAAAACAACUUUCCAGGGAUCCACCCUAUAAAAUGUGAUGCUAUGAUGGUGGCAACCAUUGAUGGGCCAACACGGUGCUAUUUGAUGUCUUAAUAAUAAUAAUAAUAAUAAUGAUGAUAAUACAUUUCUAUCAUACUAUUUAUUCUGCUUGCCAAACAUGCAUGAACAAACCACUCCUCAUAUGAUUUAACCUCUGUAAAAAAUCAUUUUUAUCUGUCACACGGAGGCCACACUCAGGACAGCUGAACAGUGGUGACAAAAUGUGUUAUUAAUGGUAAGUUUAGUGACCAACACACUGGUUCUCACUCACCUAAUCCCUCAUCUUUUAUCCUUUGGGGGAUUACUACAGCUCAUCCUAUCAGCAAUAGCUAAUCUACAGGGUUCCCACAUAAAAUUACUGUUAAAGUUAUAAAAGUUAUAUAAUGUUUUCCAGGCUUGGAAAUGGUUUGGAAUUAACAGAAUGCUUUGGAAAAGUUUUGGAAACACAUUGUUUUCUUCAUAUUUUAGAACAUAUUCGUAAAAAAUCUCAAAACAUGUCUAAGUUGACGUGAAAUACAUUCCUUGUAUUAACUACUAAUUUAAGAUCUAGUGCUGCAUCACUCUUGAAAUGUCACAAAUAUUUCAUGAGGACCUCAGACCACACUGACAUCAUGUCAUCGCCAAGGCCGUGCCCACUUUGGGGGGAAGGAAACGCGCCGUCUCAUCAGUAGAGAAACAGCAAAAUGCCAAAAAAAAAAGUUAUCUAGCGGGUUAACUGAGGCGUUUACACCGAGAUCUCAGGCUGAAUAUUCACGGUCCAUGUAAUGCUUAUCAGCUCAAUUUUCCAUACAAAAAUAAAAAUUAGAAAAUUUAGUUACAUUUUCUAAAAGUGUUUUUUUAAAUUGUAUUUUUAAUCUAUAAUUAAGAUUUUUGAGUAUUUUUUUAUUUUGUAUUUGUGCAAUGUUGGAUAGAUAGAAAAUUUGAAAAUAGAAAAUCACAGAGCUUUUAUUUCUUAUCUGUGUGUUCCCAACUGUCCAGUUUCUAAAUUUCAUUUAAACUGAUAAGCGUGAGAUGGACUUCUGAUUUUCUGUUUUCAAAGUUUCCAUUUUUCUAUCCAGCAUUCCACAAAUAAAAUAUUAAAAAACAAAUUUAAAAUCCUAAUUAUACAUUGAUCUGACAAAUGAAAAAUUUGAUUAAAAAAAAGUGAAUUCAGUUUUCUGAUUUUCAUUUUUUGAAUGGAUAAUUGAACUGAUAAGCGUUACACGGACCACUCACUGACAGUGUGGUAGAAGGCUAAAUGAUGCUGGUUACAGUCGGCACUGAUGGAUACCUAACAUUAGCUUGACUGGGAUUCUGCUGCAGUGGUACAUCAGCAUCAGACUGUUGUGUCCUGGUGAUUCAAUCAAAUAUACAUAUGUAAUUAAGUAUUAUAACGUGCCAUGGAAAAGUUUUGAUUAAAAUGUGUGGGGACCCUGAAUCCAGAAUCAUGUGACCACCAAAAUUCAACUCAUUCAUGCCUUACACAGACUUGUAUGGUAUCUCUCUUCUGUACCUUAAUGCAGCAUCCUAAGAGGUUUGAUUAUUAGCGCACAAAAGUGACACAUUUCAGAUUUAUGUGGCAGUUUUAUCAUAUUGUUUUUGAAGUAUUACAGUAUAUUUAUAUAUACAUAUAUUAGAUAUGGACGUCAGUAUUGGGGGGGAAAUGCCAAAAACAUUCUCAAGAUAGUAUUUUUUCAAGGCAAGGAUGCUAAACAGAUGGAUCCAUCAAACUAAUAUGUGUUUUAAAUAUUUGCUGUUAUGAACUCGACCUGCUCUGUGGACGACUCGUACAGCGUUACUUUGACCUCAGCCUGGUGAGUUCCCAGAUAAAAUCUUUGUUCAUUGACCUCGCUCAGUAUUUCACUAUAUGUUGCUGUUUAAAUGAAACAUGCACACCUUAGUGAUUGCAUACGGUUGCAUCAGCACACACUAUCACAGAGAUAAAGCAGGUGCAGGGCAAUGUUGUAACAAUGUAAUGUUGUUCUGUACCUGUCAUCAUAUUCAGAUGGUAAUGCCCCGUCUGGUAUUUUUGGACAAUACAGCUACUGUAUUUUACUGUGUGAAUAAGGAUUCUAGGAGACGGUGCAUCGACAUUGGACGUUUUGAAAUCAAGGAUGAAAGUGAAAAAAGAUGAACUCCAAACCACAAAUCCAACAAGCAGCAUUUCGCAAACUUAUCCUCAUUUUGAAACCAUAAAAAUGAUUUUUUAGGAUCCAGGGUGUGUUUUAAAUAAUUUGGUUUGAAUAAUGCAAAUGUUUACAUUUUAAAUACAUGCUUGUGAACAAUGAUUUGAUUCCACUGCAUCGUUUGCUCACCAUGGUGUGUAAUUUCUGUAAGGUGUUUAAUGUUUAAUAUAUUGUAAAUCUACUUACAUAUAUUGCUGUAUAAGUUUACUUUAGAUGGUCAGUGUUUCCGGAGAGAUGUGUUGGAGUUGGAGCUGUUCCCUAGCUGGUUUGAAGUGAAGUUUGUUAUUCUAGUGUUAAAGGUUAACUGAAUGUAGCAUUUUUCAAGUACAGGUGUGUUAGUCCAGAAAAGCACAAUGUUAUAACAUACUUUAAAUGCUGCACAUUUAAAAGAUACUUGUUAAACCUGUUCAGUUUCCUGACUGCAACACAUUUUCAGUACAUCUUAGGUGAGUAAGGGAGUAAGAAAAUAUGAUAAAUACUAAACUCGCCCUUUAGUAGACCCUUAACCUCUGACUGCAUCUAAUGAGAACUAAUUUCCCCUUUAAUUAAGUACCUUAUGUUAACAAGCUUCAAUCGACCAAAUCAGAAAUGUCACUACAGCCAAAGCGAUACAAAUCAACUCAAAAGGAAGAAGUCAUUUACAGUUUGCAUUAAUUGAAAUGAAUAUUUAUAAAAGAAUAUUAUGACAAAAAUGGUAUUUGUUUUUGCAGUACACUGGGGUGAUGUGAUGUUUAGACUAACUGGAUAAAAUAAA